GAAAGUCCGACCUACUGGACACUGUAGGAGUUAGCUAGCUAACGUUAACUCCAGAAGAUGGCAGUAGUGCAACAACAUUAAGGAUGCAAGUGGUUAAAACCUAGCUAGCUAAAGAAGAAAAAAAAAUCAUGUCACUUUGGUCCAGGCGCAGAGGCUCUAUCAGACAGUGCAGUCUACAAUUUACAGCAUCGCAAUGGACACCGGCCCAGUAAUAUUAGGUGCAGUGUUACCUAGCAACGGUUUGGCAUAACUUCACGAUGUAGCUAAUAUGCAGCAUUCAUGUGCUCCUUGGAUGGUCCCUUUUCCCGAUUUGGGAAGUUCUUCCGACUUCGGUGCACUAGGUCAGUGACUUUGCCUGAUGACAUCUAAAUCAAAGGCCCAGUUGGCACCCCUGCCAUGGAUAGAGAUCCUUGCAUAUUGGGUGCUGUCCUUUGGCUCUCAUUUGUACUCUUUCUACCAACUGCACAGGUUCUCUAAAGAGCACGAAGCAGGAUUACAGAGAGAAUUCCUGUUGGGAAAAGGCCUUGUUACAGGUUUUAAAAGGGACCUAUCAGACUUUGAGUGGACUUUCUGGACAGAAUGGGCUAAGAAGUCUUUGCUGUGGACUCUGAUUGGUCAUGGCUUGAUAUCGAGAUUGACCAGCAUCUUUUACCCCAAGUUUAGGGUGCCAGCACUCACAACAUAUGGCCUCUUAGCAGCCAGCAGUGUGUUGGGGUUUAAAGGCGUGAGUGUGCUGCUGAUACAUCUGGGCCUGUCCUUUUCAGUGGCCCAACUGCGAAAGCCCGCUCUGUCGUGGGCCUGCAACCUGCUGCUGCUCUCCACACUUCACAUUCAACCACUACAAGAGAUCCAUGUGGGUUGUAUCACUGAAUUAUAUCUGUUCCUGGUUUUGGAGGACUGUCCUUAUUUUCUAUUAAGGAUAAAAAACAGAGGCUGGUAUAAGACCGAGGAGGAGUACUAUCUGCUACUGUUUAGUGUUGCUGUCUGUGGUCUACGCUUCAUCAGCUUCAGCCUGGAGCAUUGCUGGUGCCCUCCAGACCAUGGUGGAGUUGUGCAGCUCUAUUGGUUGUUUUCAUACACCUUCUAUCAUCCUUUUUUCUACAAUGGACCCAUCAUCACGUACAAGCACUACAUUGAGCAGAUGCGGAGGCCUGCUGAGGAGUGUGACAGAGACAAAUCUGUUUUUAGUUACUCGGUGCUCAGAUCAGGACGGAUCAUAUUGUGGUGGUGCAUCGCAGAAUACAUGAUCCAUGUAAUGUACAUGCACUCCAUCCAGUCUAAUGAGACCUACUUAGAAAUCCUUCCUCCCUGGGCCUUGGGCGGUCUGGCCCUGGCCCUCGUCCAGUUCUUCUUUGUGAAGUAUCUGGUGCUGUUUGGCCUUUCGUCCAUGCUGGCUACUUUAGAUAAACUAGUCCCCCCAAAGCUUCCUCGUUGUGUCAGCAUCAUGUACAGUUUCACAGGGAUGUGGAGGCACUUUGACGAGGGCCUGUAUCGAUGGCUCAUCAGAUACAUCUAUGUGCCGUUGGGAGGUUCACACCAUGGUCCUCUUUACAAAAUAUUAUCCACUGGCCUUGCAUUCGGAUUUGUAUGCCUCUGGCACGGUGGACAUGACUACUUGCAGUACUGGGCCCUGAUGAAUUGGGCUGGAGUUCUGGUGGAAAAUGGACUGAAGUCUUUCUUUGCCUCGUCUUUUAUUCACUCCAUUGUUGCGCAGAAUUUAUCUGCGGCGAUGGAAAGGCGUUGUGUUGCCCUUCUCUCUGCCUUCUCUACUGCCAUGCUCAUCCUCUCUAAUCUGGUGUUCCUCGGGGGGGUACAUGUUGGCAGAAUCUUCUGGAAGCGUGUCUUCAUUCAAGGCUGGUCCACCAUGGCCCCACCUAUGCUGGCUUUCCUCUACUGCUUUGCUCAGAUUGGACUUGAGUGGACUUCUCACCCACCAUGAGUCACCUUGACUUUGUAUCGGAGUGAGAAUCCCUGCUACCAGACAACCAGCACAACCUGCGGAGUCCAAUGCCUUGUCUUUACCAGCCAGAGUCUCUGUGGCGAAGCUGGCUCACUGCCACAGAACCCGUCCAAAACCUGGCUGAAAUGCAGCUGAGCAGCCACUUUACACAACCUGCAAGACUGGGCAAAAUCUCUCUGUAAGCUUAGACUUAAAGGAUCAGUGCUGAUUCUCUCUAAGGAGAGUUUCCUACUUUGUGGAAAGUGCACACAAACUGUAAUAGAAUGAUAUUCAGGGCAGUGUCUAAUAGGAGCCUCGGCAGUGUUUUCUACCCAAUAAGCUACACGGAAUCACUGUUAUUCUAAGAAACUGUAAAAGAAAAUAUGGACCCUGAAUCUGUCUUGGUUUUAUGACUCUGAUAUGGUAUUGCUCAGUGGUGCGGUAAGCCGGAGAAAUGCUAAUUCUAUAUUUACGUCCUCCUUUAGCUCACCACAAACACAUUUGUGUUUUCAGAGGUAGACAAAAGGCCCAGAAGACUGAAUAAAGCAGCAGGAACCUGA